AUGAAGCUCUUGAUUCUACUUUCGUUAGCAAUAGUAGCCUUUGCAGUGCCCCAAGGCUACAAUCCAGGCACACCAUCUGGAGGUGGACUCACACAUGGAGGAUCUAUAGACGGUGCUGGAGGUGGAAUUGGCGAUGGCGGAGAAGGUGAAGUCGGAGGCCCUGUUGGUGGUUGUCAGGAUGGCCAAAUCCUACACGUGGAUGGUUCUUGUGUAACUCCCGUUAUUACUAGAAAAGUGUACUUAUAUAAUGCCCCUGAAGUACCUGAGGGCCCAGGCGGUCCACCUCCCAGUGUGCCACCACCUAAGGUAGAGCACAAUAUCCUAUUUGUAAGCGUCCCAGAAGCUGCCCCACCACCCGAACCCAUCAUUAUCCCUCCACCUAAGCAAACAAGUGCUGUUUACGUUUUAAAUAAGCAGGAAGAAGAAGCUCAACAAGUGAUCGAAGUCGCGCCUGCUCCAGCCACUGAUCCAGAAAUCUAUUUCGUGAAUUACCAAGAAGGAGAAAAUCCAACCCUUCCUAUAGGAGUAGAUCUUGAGACUGCUCUCAGCGCUGCCAGUGCAGCUGGUGGUGCAGUUAUCGGAGGUGCUGGUGCUGGCGGCUUUGGCGACGACGUGGUUGCAUUAGGCGGCGGUGAGGGAACCGGCAUUGGAGGAGCUGGAACAGGAAGCAGUGGAGGAUUUGGAAGUAAUGGGGCAGGAGUUAAUGGAGGAUUUGGAGGGAAUGGAGCAGGAAUUAAUGGAGGAUUUGGAGGAGUUGAAUUUGUUGGUGCAAAUAGAGGAACCGGUUCUUUUAGUGCUAAUGGUGGCAGCCCAUCAAACCUCUACAACAGCCCUUAG